CCCUUUUGCUUUAUUUCUUUCCAACUUUCCAUUUUCGUGAUUCUUUUGUUGAAGUUGAUAUUUUGAUAUCUUUUUAGGAUAUGUAUGUGGUGCUGUUUUUCUUUAAAGAUGGUAGCUUUAUUGGUAUUCGGUGAAAUUCAAUUUAUGACUUUGUUGGCGAAUUUCGUCUAUUUUUAGGAUUUGGGUGUUUGCCUUUUGAGUCCAACAUGGUUUGGAAGAUUUUGGGGGAAAUACAUCUGUUGAUUUCCUGCUCCUUUUGCUUCUGAUUGAUGAGUUUCACCUGUUGCCUAGUUUGAUUUGGUGCACUGUUUUCGGAUUGUAGUGAGAUUUUUUUUAUCACUUCACUGGGUUUUUUUGCUUGAACCGUACUCAUGGACUCCCCUCAAUCAGUUGUUUCACCCCUCAAGAGCUCUUUCCCGGAGUCUGAGAAGCAGCAUAUGGCAGAAAAGUCGAGCCUCUUCACAAGGGAGAUCAAUUCCCAGAGGAAUGGAAGUGCAGUUGGUAACGUGGAGGAGUUUCUCGGAGCUCUGAAGGUGUACAUACACCAAGCUCGGGAUAUCCACAACAUUUGCAUCUAUCAAAAGCAAGAUGUUUAUGCGAAACUCUGUGUGACUAGUGACCCUGAGAAGACAGUCUCCACCAAGAUCAUCAAUGGUGGUGGGGCAAACCCUGUUUUCAACGAGAAUCUCAUUCUCAAUGUUCGCAAAGUUGAUUCCUCCCUUAAAUGUGAGAUAUGGAUGCUAAGCAGGGUGAGGAAUUAUCUCGAAGAUCAGCUUCUCGGGUUUGCUUUGGUGCCUAUAUCUGAAGUCCUCCUCAACAAUGGUAAGUUGGAAAAGGAGUUCUCUCUUUCCUCAACCGAUCUCUUCCACUCACCUGCAGGAUUCGUUCAGCUUUCCGUCUCUUAUGUUGGAGUGCCGCCUGAGGUCAUUCCAAUCCCAGCACCACUCACGUCUGUGGAGAGUGAUUCAGUAACCAAGGACACUGAAUCUGCCAAGUCUGUUCCUGAUGACAUGGACAAGAUCGAGUUCCCCGACCCUAAUGUCGCAAACGAGAAUCACCAGAUGGUGGAGGAGUAUUUUGGGAUGCCAUGUAGCAACGUGGACUCACCAAGCUCGGACAGCUUGGUCAGUUCCGAUACUGAAAAUCAGGUGAGCUCCGAGGCUGAGGUUCAGCAUGGAGAAAGCUUCUCGAUUGGAACUGUGACUUCGAAACCUUUGCCAAAGGCUGAUUCUCCUCUGAGCUGUGCAUCAACGGAUGGAGGUUCGUCUGCGUCAGCUCCCGUGAGUUUUCAGUCUUGUGAGACUCUGAAAGAUUCAAAAUCUCAGGGCGAGGAACUCGUUUCACCUCCUAAGGAUAAAUCCAAGGAAAAAACUGCAAACAGCGACAGUAAUGCUUCAGGUGCGGUGUCGAGUGAUGCGUCUGCGAAACCGGUUGUGACAGUGCCGGAGCCGAAGGUGGUUCAGCAGGACAUAGUGGAUAUGUACAUGAAGAGCAUGCAGCAGUUCACUGAAUCCUUAGCUAAGAUGAAGCUUCCGAUGGACUUUGAGAACCGGCCGACCAGCUCGGAGAAUUCGACGAGCUCUGAGCAGAAGACUCCAGGAUCGAAGAACUCGGGCUCUCGUGUGUUUUAUGGAAGUAGAGCUUUCUUCUGAGCGUGUUGGUGAGGCUCUCCCAAGAUACACAAGGUGAGUUUAGUGAUUAGAAUGGAGACUAAUGCUAGUAGUAGCAUUUUAAAUGUAAUGUAACCUGGUGUUUGGGACUUUUAUCUGGCUAUGUAUUAGAGAUUAUAAAAAGGGAUUAGGCCAUCCACAACGCUGUUCCUAUACCGUUCCUAAACCGUUCCUUAAACUACUA